AUGAAUGAGAUCUGCGCCAUAUUAAAAGAAUACAAUGAAAGUGACACUGAAGGAAUAAUAGAUUUAUUCAAAGAAUACAGUGUUAACUCAAAAGAUAAAACGGAAGUUCACGCUAAACUUAAAGAACUGGACUAUUCUAAACUGAUGGCAUUUGACGCUAGAGCAAGAGCGUUUCUACCAGAAGAAGAAAAAGACAAUAAACAAAAAUUCAGACCUAGAACUGCUAUUUUAAAAGUCUGGUUUGAAUAUCCCAAAAAAAUGUUCUUUCAAGCCAUACCAGCUAAAGAUAAAAUAACUUUUACGAAUAGAAUAGGUAAGAAGGAAACUGGCACUAAAAUCAGAUUCAGAAAUGGUUUCUGCCACGAUGUUUUAACAUCGGUUGAUAUUCAAGAAAUAGUGAAAUCCGGUGGUAAAAUUAUUAAAAUAUUAGAUGGUAUAGUUUACGAAGAAAAUUUUAAAACUCCACCAUACAGAGAUUAUAUUUUAAUUUUGAAGGGAUUAAGGAAUAAAUACAAAAAAGAAGGAGAUAUGGUUGCUAGUAAUUGCAUGAAAUUAUUAGGUAAUUCCUUAUACGGUAAAUCUAUUCAGAAGGAUAUAAAUACAUCGAGACAUCUAUGGAGUGAAUCGACUUUUAAAGCCAACUUCGAUUCACACGUCAAAAGCUAUGAAAAAGUAAAUGAUAGUCAAUAUAUAGUUGAGAUGAAUGAAGAAGAAAAAGAGUUUGUUCCUCCAAAGGAUUUUACUAGAUUAACACCCGCUCAUUUAGGUGCAUUUAUAUUAUCUCACAGUAAAAAAAAUAAUGAACAAUUUCAUUCACGUAACUUCUGA